UCUACAAGGUGAACGCCGGUAACCUUACGUGGAAAACAACAUGUAAGAUGAGAGGCUUUUCUCGAUGCGGGGAUGGAGUAUGGGAACUGGUUAUGAAAGUCAAAAAUUGGAAGCAAACGUUCCACUAUGAUUCACCUCACUGGACCAGCCAAGCUUCUUAUGUAUCAGCAGAGAAGGAAGGAGCGUUCAAGCUUCCCGGAUAUUGGCUCAGAAAUUUCACCAGAAUAUGUGUCAUCAUGAACUUUGGUGCAAACCCGUCGAUUAACCACACAGCCAUAGUGGUGGACUACAUUGGGCAGUCUCUGUAUUCCGUCAUGAACAAGGGAAUUCAGAAAACAUGGCCCGAAGACAUGUCCAGCAUCACGACUCCAAUCAAUAUUGAUAAGAGCUGCUUGGAAAAAGGUCUCAACAUGCAUGGGUCAUCCCCAUGGAUGAUCAAGUCACGUGUUGGAGUCGCGUCUCGACCAAAAAAGUGUGCUUUGCCAUAUAUGGUACGAGGCGUUGGUAUUGGCUCACUACAAAGACCUAAUAUGAAUUGUGGAGAAAUCAUCAUUAGUUACAAAGAUAAUCCAACCCAAAACUAUUCGAUACAAUCCUUUCCAGCAUUCUGUAAAAUCUACAUUCAGUAACUGAAGGUAAAGCGAAAGAUUAGUGGUAAAAUUUGAUGUCGGUUGCUGUGAAGUUUAAUAGAGCACAUUUCUUAUCUAGAUUUAGUGGCUACGCUAAUUGCGUUCCACUUUGGACUCUAGCGCUAACCAGAGUUUGAAAAAGGUGACGUUAUAUCCCUGGGGUGUUAACAAGAAUAAAAGACGCAUUCAAAGUACAAAACAGCAUUUAAAAAAGUCAUUUUCAUUUAGGUAUUCGUAAUACACCAUAUAGCAUGUGAUUUGCUUAAAAGUGUAACUUGCUUAGA